AUGGCUGACGCCGUCCUCGUCAAGCGCAACGACGCGCUGAACGUCAACACCAUGAGACAGAACAACCAGUCCGUCGCCAUCCACCAAACAGUGCGUGGAUCAGACUGGUACUACACAGUCUGUGCGGUGAUGGGUGCUACCGCCCUGGGCAUUCUCAUCGCAUCCGGAAAGAAGAAGCGUCCCGACCGGGUCUUCUUCUACCUCACCAGCGGCUUGUGUUGGAUCGCCUGCAUCGCAUACUUCGCCAUGGGCUCCAAUCUCGGAUGGACUGCCAUCAACGUCGAAUGGCUGCGCAGUGAAAGCAUCGUCCGAGGCGUCAACAGACAGGUCUUCUACGCUCGUUACAUCGACUGGUUUCUUACCACCCCCAUGCUCCUUCUCAACCUCUUGUUGACCGCCGGCAUGCCCUGGCCGACCAUCCUCUGGAUCAUCCUUAUGGACGAGAUCAUGAUCGUCAACGGCUUGAUCGGUGCACUGGUCAAGACUCGCUAUAAAUGGGGGUUCUACGGAUUCGGCUGCGGCGCCAUGUUGUACAUCUUCUACGAACUCGGCAUCACUGGCCGCAAGCACGCCCAGGUUCUCGGCAAGGACGUGCAUCGCUCCUACACCCUAUGCGGCGUCAUCACCCUCGUCGUCUGGCUCUGCUACCCGAUUUGCUGGGGGGUCGCCGAAGGUGGCAAUGUCAUCGCUCCCGACAGCGAGGCCGUCUUCUACGGCGUCCUCGAUAUCCUCGCGAAACCGGUCUUCUCCAUCGCCCUGAUCUACACCCACUGGAACAUCGACCCGGGCCGUCUCGGUCUCCGCAUCAAGGAGUACGGUGACUCUGCCUUCGACCCGGCCGCCCGCGAGAAGGUCAACAUCCCCGGCCAAGAUGCCCCAACUCAUCAGGCUUUUGAACCAGACAACAUGGGCGGUGACCGCGCUGUGGGCGCCCACGGCAUCGGAGCAAAUACCCCAGCUGCUCACACUACCGGUGCUCACAAUGCGGGUCAAGCGCCUGUCCACGACAGAUCUACGGUCGUCUAA